CUGCGAAAGGUGAAGAAAAAAAGACACAAGAAGAAACGAGUGCUACUGGCACUGAAGCUCCUGAAGGUGAUAAUGCAGAACAAACUGAAGCUGCGACAGCUAAAGAAGAAAAUACGGAAGAAGUAACGGCUGCUACUGGCACUGAAGCUGGUGGAGGUGCUAAUAUAGAACAAACUAAAGCUGCGAAAGGUGAAGAAGAAAAGACAGAAGAAGUGACGGCUGCUACUGGCACUGAAGGUGGAGGAGGCGCUAAUGUAGAACAAACUGAAGCUGCAACAGGUGAAGAAGAAACGAGUGCCACUGGCACUGAAGCUGGUGAAGGUGCUAAUGUAGAACAAACUGAAGCUGCAACAGCUAAAGAAAAACAUACGGAAGAAGUAACGGCUGCUACUGGCACUGAAGCUGGUGGAGGUGCUAAUGUAGAACAAACUGAAGCUGUAACAGGUGAAGAAGAAAAGACGGAAGAAGAAACGAGUGCUACUGGCACUGAAACUGGUGAAGGUGCUAAUGCAAAACAAACUAAAGCUGUUACAGGUGAAGAAGAAAAGACAGAGGAAAAAACGACUGCUACUGGCACUGAAGUUGGUGGAGGUGCUAAUGUAGAACAAACUGAAGCUGCGACAGGUGAAGAAGAAAAGACAGAAGAGGAAACGAGUCCUACUGGCACUGAAACUGGUGAAGGUGCUAUUGCAAAACAAACUGAAGCUGCGAAAACUGAAGAAGAAAAGACAAAAGAAGAAACGAAUGCUACUGGUACUGAAGCUGGUGAAGGUGCUAAUGCAGAGCAAAUUGAAGCUGCGACAGCUAAAGAAGAAAAGACGGAAGAAGCAACAGGUGCUACUGGCACUGAAGCUGAAGGUGAUGCUAAUGUAGAACAAAUUGAAGCUGCGACAGCUAAAGAAGAAAAGACGGAAGAAGCAACGGGUGCUACUGGCACUGAAGCUGAAGGUGAUACUAAUGUAGAACAAACUGAAGUUACCACAGGUAAAAAAGAAAAGACAGAAAAAGUAACGGCUGCUACUGGCACUGAAGGUGGAGGAGGCGCUAAUGUAGAACAAACUGAAGCUGCAAAAG